ACAUUUUCGUUCUCUACGGAAACGGUUUUGCACUCAUGUGCAAGUUUUCAUUUCCUGCGGAAACCGACUUUUGUACUCGCGAGUGGUUUGUUCCAGAGGUUUUCUUGUCUAGUACCACUGUGUUAUUUUCUUUGGGCAGUGUUAACGUACGAAAUUCAAUUUCGAAUUCAGUGCUAGCGCCGUGUUGUGUUUAAGUUUUGGGUAAUAUGCCUGUCGAAGAAAAGGUUUCUGAUGCAGUUAGUAUUAAAGUAGCUCUACGGAUACGUCCUCUAGUUUCAUCAGAAACUGAGAAAGGUUGUCAAACUUGUUUGGAGACAGUUCCUUCUGAGCCUCAGGUUCAGAUAUGUGGUUCAGAGAGAUCAUUUACCUAUAACUAUGUGUUUGGCCCAAAAUCGUCUCAAACAGAAUUUUACAACACGGCUGUGAAGAAUUUAGUUGAGUGCGUUUUCAAAGGUUAUAAUGUAACUAUAUUAGCAUAUGGCCAGACUGGCUCUGGGAAAACAUACUCAAUGGGAACUUGUUAUAAUCCACAUGUGCCAGAAAAUGAAAUGGGUGUCAUACCAAGAGCAAUUAAAGAUAUCUUUCAAGGAAUGGAAAAACGAAAUGACUGGCAGUUCAGAGUAACUGUCUCUUUUAUGGAGCUGUACCAAGAACAACUUUUUGAUCUUUUGGCUCCCAUGCGAUGUGUUGUCGAUAUUAGGGAAGAUGGAAGAACUAUAAAAAUACCUAAUUUGACAGAAGUUCCAGUGACGGACUUCGAAGGCACUGUUGCAGCCCUUGUACAGGGAUCAUCAUGUCGAGCAACUGGAGCGACAGCGAUGAAUGCACAUUCAAGCAGGAGUCAUGCAAUUUUCACCAUAAGCAUUCAUCAACAACAAAGUGACAAUGUGAACACGGCUACAACAUCAAAGUUUCAUUUGGUGGAUUUAGCUGGAUCAGAGAGACCAAAGAAAACUAAAGCUACUGGUGAGAGAUUUAAGGAAGGUGUCAAUAUCAACAAAGGCUUACUGGCACUUGGAAAUGUAAUAUCUGCUUUAGGGGAUGAAACGCAGAAAGGCUUUAUUUCGUAUAGGGAUAGUAAGCUCACAAGACUACUUCAAGAUUCACUUGGCGGCAAUUCGGUGACACUUAUGAUUGCAUGUGUGAGCCCUGCAGAUUACAAUUUGGAUGAAACAAUGAGCACACUCAGGUAUGCAGACAGAGCUCGCAAUAUCAAGAACAAACCAAUUGUUAACCAGGAUCCCAAAUCCGCUGAAUUGUUAAGACUGAAACAGGAGAACCAACAGCUGAGGCUAGAGCUUCUUAGCAAAGGUGGGCCAGGAGUAAGCUCACAAGAGUUCUCUAAAUUAAAGGAAGAAUAUGACAAUGUCAUCAUAAAGAAUCGUAAAUUGACUCAAGCUUUGAAUGAAGCUUUGACUGAGCAGACAAAUUUAGUAGAACGUGCAUUGCUUGCUGAAGUGUCCCGUGACAAAAUGAAAGUGAAACUAUGUGAAUUGCAGACUGAAUAUGGAAAUGCAAUGGAAAGCUUGAAUAACACGGUUGAUCCGAAUACUUGUCCUGCAGCAUUUUAUGAACAGCUAAAGACUCUCAAAGAAUUACAACUAAAAAUUCAAGAGCUUCAGGCAGAUCAGAAGCGAGCUGCUGAAGAAAUUCUUAACCACGAAUUGACAAAUACAGUGGGCACUAACAAUAGUGACACAGAAAAGUGUGCUGAAGCAGACAGUACCUUUGUUGUGAAAACUCUUGAACACCAGGAUGACAUUGACGAACAUCAUGAAGCCUACACAUUGCAUCAAGCAGCUCUCACAAAGGAAUUACAGGAACUGAAUAAAGCUCUUGCUUUGAAGGAGGAACUAGUAACACAAUUAUCAGUUAAUUCGGACCAGAUACUCAAUAUCCGUCAUACAUAUGAAGAUAAUUUGAAAGAACUGGAGCAGCAAGUAGCUGCUCUGCAAAAAGAGAAAGAUGAACUCACGCAAAUUCUAAAAAAUAUGCAAACCAAUAGUAACACAAACAAGAUUGCUGAACAACGCAGGAAGAAACUGCAGGAACUGGAACAUACUAUUUCUGAAUUGAAUAAAAAAAUUAGUGAGCAGACAAAAAUUAUAAAAAUUAAAGAAAAAUCUGAUGAAAAAAUAUCAAAACUUUUCAAUGAAAUUCAGAAUAUGAAGAGUACGAAAGUUCGCCUCAUAAGACAGAUGCGAGCAGAGAAUGAACGCUUCCGUGCCUGGAAACAACAAAAGGAAAAAGAACUUAUACGGCUCAGAGACCAAGAUAGACGUCGCCAAAAUCAGUUGGAGCGUAUGGAACGAUUACACUGUAAACAACAAAAUGUACUUAAACGUAAGGUGGAAGAGGCAGUUGCAAUUAAUAAGAGAUUAAAGGAUGCUUUGGCACUGCAGAAGACAGCACAUGAACGCCGUAAUCAACAUAACUCAUCAGCAAAAGUGCAGCAGUGGAUUGCACAAGAGCUUGAAGUUCUUGUAAGCACAGUUGUUGCAGAGAGAGCAAGAGAGCAGUUGCUAGAGGAUCGCAAUGAACUAUGCAGCCAGCUAUCACAAUUGAAGGAGAAUUUAGAAGAGGAAGGCCUGACAGAUGAGGAAAGGAAAGAAAUCCAUAAUGAAAUCAAGCAACUUGAAGAAGAUGUAAAUCUCAGAAGUGCACAGAUUGCUGACUUGCAGCAGAAGAUUUUGGACUCCGAUCAAGAGAAUAAAGCAAAAACACGGUGGGAUACUCUGCAGACAAUGGGAGAGGCGAAGUAUGCUCUGAAGUAUCUCUUCGACCUUGCUGCUGACAUGAAAAAAGAUUCAACAAAUAAAGAAAGCCGUCUUGAGGAAUUAAUGGCUGCAAAGGUUAAACUUGCUGAACAGUUACAAAACCAUGAGAACAAGCUAAGAACAGUGGAACAAGAACAUAAGAAUGAAUUACUGAAAUUAGAGAAAGAGCAUGCAGAUAAAGUGUUUUUGCUGUUAGGUCAACUGAAAGGAGUUGGGACAGAUGGUAAUAUUGAAUCAGAUUUGAUGCUAAGGCUUGAAAUUCAAGAGCAGGAAAUAAAAAAAAUUGAAGCUUUGCGACAACAGCUGGAGAAAAAAGAAGAAGAAAUAGCUGAUUUAAAAAGUAAAUUAGAAGCUAAAACUAGAAAAAGGAAAACUUUUGGACAAGCUGAUGCAACAUUUGAUUUGGUAGAGGAUUUUGAAUCGGAUCCUGAAGAUGAUGCCACAGUAGAUGACCCAAAUGAUCCAGAUUGGAAGAAGACACCAUUGUUCAAGAGGAUUCAGAGAAUAAAGACGCACAGGAAGGAACAGUUAGAAAUAACCUCAAAGAAGGAAAGCACUGGUGAGAGCCAUGUGAAAUGCCAGUGUCGAGGAAAAUGUGCGAGCAAACAUUGUCGCUGCAAAAAGGCAGGUGACAGUUGCUCUGAAGAUUGCAAGUGUGAUUCCAGUGUCUGUGUUAAUCGUGACCAGCCAAGGAGGUUACUUUUUGACUUCUCCAACUCUUCAGAUGAGAAGGAUGAAACUGUGAGCAGUGGAAAGAGGUCAAGGUUAUCGUCAGAUGAUGAGAUAAGCUCGGAAGCAAAAAAGAGGAAGAGUGUGAGAUUUUUUUCCUCUUUGACACAGGAAUAAGUGUGUUCAUACUGGACUUUUUACAUUUGUAUAUAAAUUCUUUAAAUCUUACUUUUUGUAGCUGUAAAAUAAUGACUGAAUACCACGCUUGUACAUAAACUGCCUUAUUUUACCUUUUUUUAUCUUUUUAUAUGUCCUAGAUGUACAAACAGUGUGAUGUGUGGAACACAGAAAUAAAAUGAUGGAAGGGUUGGAGAUGUUCUUCAUCUAUGAUGAUGUAGGAAUGUUGGAAUUCGUAGUAGAGUUUUACACGUGUAUAGGGCAAUUUAAAUUAUCUUAAUACUGUAACAUAAUGACCAUCACUGACUGAAAGCAACUUUUGUAAAUAAAUUAUUUUAUAUUUUGCAUGUGACGUAAUAAAAUUUCUUUUAUAAA